AUGGAGCUCAUCCAGGCCACCCAGGUUUCCUUGCUGCCUCAGGAUGCUCCUAUAGCUACCUGGAGCAACAACUCCAUUCACCCCUUCUCAAAUGUCCUGCUCCUGUCCACUCCUUCUGAACCACUUCUCGACUUCACCCCGAGUGACGGCUGUUUCCUCUUAAACGGCAGCUGCCAGAACGCCACCACAUCAACACCUGGAUCACUCCCUGGCUUGGCUGGAAUCUUCAUCCCUCUUAUCUACGGGAUAGUGUGUGUUGUUGGCCUUGUGGGCAACACCCUGGUCAUCCACGUUAUUGUUAACUACACCAAAAAUGAGUCAGUCACCAACAUCUACAUCCUCAACUUGGCCAUUGCAGACGAGCUCUUCAUGCUGGGCCUACCGUUCCUGGCGGUACAGAACGCUCUGCUUUCUUGGCCCUUUGGCUCUCUAAUGUGCCGUGUGGUCAUGACAGUGGAUGCUAUCAACCAGUUUACCAGCAUAUUCUGUCUGACUGUGAUGUCCGUGGACCGCUACCUGGCUGUGGUGCACCCCAUCCGCUCCUUCUGGUGGCGUCGCCCCCGUGUAGCCAAGGCCAUCAGUGCCACAGUUUGGGCAGGGUCUUUUGUGGUGGUGCUGCCGGUGGUGGUGUUUGCAGACGUUCUGAAGGAUGAUGGGAACUGCAGCAUUGUGUGGCCUGAGCCAGCUGAAGUGUGGAAGACAUCUUUCAUCGUGUACACAUGCACGGUGGGCUUCUUCUGCCCCUUGCUGGUUAUCUGCUUGUGCUACCUGCUGAUCGUCAUCAAGGUGCGCAGUGUUGGAAAGCGAGCACAGGCCACGUCCUCUCGGCGCAGAAAGUCGGAACGUAAAAUCACCCGGAUGGUGGUUGUCGUGGUGGCAGCGUUUGUCCUUUGCUGGCUACCGUUCUAUGCUCUGAAUAUCGUCAAUCUCCUGGUGGUCCUGCCUGGGGACUUCAGGGGGCUCUACGUUUUUGUUGUUGUGCUGUCAUAUGCAAACAGCUGUGCCAACCCCAUAUUGUACGGAUUUCUGUCUGACAACUUCAAGAGAGGCUUCAGGAAGGCCCUGUGUGGCACUUCACGUAGGGUGAAGAACAACGACAGGGCCGGCACUGAGGUACAGCGACCUACCGAGGAGUGGGGUGGCAUUGUGCUCCGAGCACAAAAAAGUGAAGGAGUCAUCAGUGUGCAGAAGAAAGAUUGUGGUGAAAAGGAGGAAGAGGAGGAAAUCAAUGGAACGGAAGGGGCCAUACAGAUGAGUGAAAUAUGCAAAAGCUCACAAAAUGGAAACCACAACGGAGUAACAGAGGACGCAAGGACACAGGUGGCGCAGAGGGGUAAGCCUGAGCCGGAUCACUCUGGUCCGAGUGCCAAAAAUGGAGAACUGGCAGGGAAAGGCCCAGGCUCUGAUCCUGCUGAGGCAGUGUCCUCUAUGGCCAGUAAAAAUAGAAACAGCAUGUUACAACCUGAAGAAUUCCCAGGCAAACACUCUGUGCUUGAAAUCAGCUAUCUGUAA